AUGGUCAAAGUGCGGUACAACGGCACCGCAUCCGUCCGGUAUCGGGUGAAGUACGCCCGCGCGUACGCGGGCAACGCGACGAACCGCAGCCAGGCGGCGCUGGCUGGGCGCGUUCUGGUGACAAACAACGGAUUGUCAGCCGCGCAGGUCGCGGGCGGCUUGGUGCGGCUGUUUGCGGUCGUCGCCGGGGACGCGGCGGGCGGGAGGCCGUCGAGCGACACCGAGAUCGGCACCGCGGCGUGCCUGGUGCCAACCGCCGGCGUUGCCGGGGCGGGCGGCAGCGUGGCGUGCGCCUUUGAUGGCGUCCCGCUGCCGCCAGGCACCAGCAAAGUGUAUGCGCGCGCGGACAUAGAGGCCGGCCCCUUCUUCAGCGACCCCGCGACGCCGCCCGCCCCCAGCGGCGGUGCGCCGCCCCCUGCGCCCGGCGAUUGCGCGGCGGCCGGCGACGCGUUCUUUGAGCCGCAGCAGGACGGGCCGUCGGGGCUCGUCACGCCGUCGGGCGUCGCGCCGGCCGGGGCAGCAGUCAAGGCGCAGGGGACGUCAAAGUAUCUCGGCAAGGCGCCGGACGCUUUGGGACCCCCUCAAAAGAUCUGCGGCGACGGCGCCACGUUUGAGUACACCGCGUCGUUCGGUCCGUUUUCGCCGGCGGACUGCGGAACGUACGCGGCCGUCAACCUCGCGACAGCGCAGCGCGUGCUGGCCAGCGGCGCCCUCGAGCCCGACAACGCAGCCGCCUCGGACCUCGGAAUCCUCAAAAUCGUCGUCGAUGGCUGCCCCGGGCGCGCACCCACGGCUGCGCUGGAUGCCCCGAGGCUGGUGGUCGUCCAGGAGCACGCGUGGGCGAUGGAGGGGGCGGCGGCGCCCUCGACGCUGCUCGUCCGGCCGGGGCCGGGCGCGGCGUCGGCGAACAUCACGAUCAAGGCCAAGCGCACCCUGCUGGGGAAGCUCUACGAGCUCUCUGGCAGCGUGGUGGUGCGGAAUCCAACGCGCAGCAGCUGGCGGCUCGGGGACGUGCGGUUGGAAGCCGUGCGGCCGGGGGAGAUCAGAACAGUGCUGUCACAAAGCGCCAGCUGCCCUACGGACGACAAUGGUGACAUCAUCCUGGCGCCAGCUGGCGCGUCUGGCAGCACGGUCACCUGCAGUUACGUAUUCCAAGUCAACACGCCCGUCGCCGGCGUGCUGACAGCUGUCGUCGUGAUUGCUGACGAGAUCAAGCCUGCAAAGGCUGGCGGCAGCAGCAGCGGCGGGAGCGGCGGCGACAAUGCGGCGCGCGCCGUGCGUGCGGCGGCGCCGCAGGCGUUCACGUUUCUGAGCGACGGCCUGCCGCGGCGCAGCAACGGGGAGUGCGCGUCGCUGUUUGGCGGGUUUGCCAAGUCCACGUGGAACUCGAACGCGACGGCUGCGGCGGCGUCGGGGGCGUUGAUCGAGCCGAAUGCCACCAGCGGCAGCAGGGUGCCACCAUACGAGGGGCCGGGGCAGCAGCUGUGCCAGGAGCAGAACGCGCUGACGUUUCAGGCAUCUUACAAGUCGUUGAGCGACCGCAAAUGCAACAGAUACAAGAUCCCGCUGUACCAUGCACAGGCGGGUGCGGCAUGGAGUGGACUUCACGCCCCCAGGGUGCUGCUGCAGGACGGCGCGCAGGACGAGGCUGGGCCGAGCAAUUCGCUCCCCUUCCCGCUCGGCCGCGCGAAGGCGGUCGCUGUGCAAGCGAAGUUCAUGCGGGACGUCGUGAGCCAGGAGUGGCGUUUGGGUGGCGCCAUCCAAAUCUCGAGCCCCAAGCCGGCACCCACGCAGGCUGGCUGGCCGUCCGUCGUGCUCAUAUUUGCAAGCGGCGCCAGCGCCCGCGUUCUGGCCAACUGCCCGCCUUCUGCGACCGCGCCCGGCGGGCGCGGGCUGCUGCUGCCGGCGGCGCCCGGGAAGGUGACCUGCAGCUGGCAGCUGGCCAAGCCGCAGCCUGGGCCGUUGGAAGGCCAGGCGGUCGCCAUGCUCGACGGCGCGUCGCCCGCCGCGAUGAGCCAGAUCACGCCUUUUACCUCGGACGGGGCGAGGCCAGACACCCUCGGCGCCUGCGCGGCGGUGUCGGCCUCGUGGGCCCUGGAGGGCCUACCAGGUGGCGGCGGCGGCGGCAGCAGCGGCGGCGGCGGCGCCAGUGGCAGUGCAGAUGCCUUGCUGAAGGUGGCGACGAGCGGGGGCGCCCCGCCGGCGCAAGGGGCGGAGGUGUGCGAAAGCAAGGUGUAUACCUGGACGCUGCAGCUGGGGCCGUUCAAGGAGGCGCAGUGCGCGGCCGCGGCGGCGGGCGCGCUCAAACUGGCGGGUUCGGCCGCCGCGCAGCCGCUGACAGGGCGGACGCCCAAGGCGGCCGCUGCGGCCACGGCGCGCGUGGCGUUGACUGGGUGCCCGACGGCCAAGGUGGCGGGCUAG